AUGAUAAAGGAGCGAAGUGUUGCAAUACCACAACAAUUUUCAUUUUCAUUUAAUCCCGCAAGUCAAAUUCGCGGUGCUAGAGCAUGUAAUCAACCUCAACAAAUAGGUACAGGUCCAUAUCGUAUACCACGAUGGUACUAUAAUUCAGCUCGAAUGCGAUGCGAAUUAUUUUAUUGGUCUGGCUGCUGCGCAAAUGGAAAUAAUUUCCCGUCAAUUCAUAACUGUCAAAAAUUGUGUGAAGUUGACCCGUGUAAGCAAGAUUUGGAUCAGGGAUACGGCAAUGACCUACAAACCCGAUAUUAUUUCAAUAAAUAUACCAGAGCAUGUGAGCAGUUCGACUAUCGUGGUAUUAACGGAAAUCGGAAUAAUUUUAAAUCCUUACAGCAAUGCCAGCAACAAUGUUCAGAAGUAUUGGGUCCAUGCGCAUAUGGUAGUAGCGUACCUCAAAUACCUUGCUUUAGUAACGGUGCUUGUGGUGUCAACCAAUUCUGUCAUAUUGGACUGUCUCCGUUAACCACAGUCUGCUGCAGUCGAUCGCCAUCCGGAGAUCGAUGUCAUCAGAUGUUAAAUGUAGGUUUAGGAAAUGCCUUCCUACAGCGAUGGUACUUCAAUGUCAAUUCAGAACACUGUGAACCAUUCAUUUAUAGAGGUUUACAGGGCAAUGAAAAUAACUUUUUAAAUCAAAAUGAUUGUAAAAUAGGUUGUUUUGUGAAUCCAUGUGCUGCUGGUGAACCAUAUCAGAUUCAAGGAAAUACUAUUCGAUGCUCACCAGCUAAACCAUCAAUAUGUCCAGCUGGGCAUUAUUGUCACAUUGGAGCUGAAAUACAAACAACUGUUUGCUGUCCAAAUCUUGGCGGUAAUGCAUGUGAGCAACAGUUAGAUCAAGGCCAAGGAAGUUAUCAGUUACAGCGAUGGUAUUGGAAUGUUGCAAAUCAGCGAUGCAUGCCUUUCGUUUAUGCUGGCUUGAAAGGCACACAGAAUAACUUUUUAAACCAAGAGACUUGUGAGAGAACUUGUUAUGCAUUCGAGAAUCCAUGUGUAUCAGGUAAACCACAGCAGGGAAUAAAUAAUCGUCCGCUAAGUUGUAACUCAACUGUUUACAACGAUUGCGCAACAACACAUUGGUGUCACAUUGGUGCAGUACCACAAACAACAGUGUGUUGUCCCGGAAGAGUGGAAGGUCCAGCUAUUUGCAAAUUAUCAUUAGCUUUUGGUUCGGGUAAUGGUAACCUGAAACGAUGGUAUUUCGACCAGGACGUUCAAAAUUGUGUUCCAUUCAAUUAUGCUGGAAUGUAUGGUAAUCAGAAUAAUUUUCUAACACAACAGCAAUGUCAACAAAUUUGUCCAGGAUUUAUAAAUCCAUGUGCAUCCGGUAUUCCGGAAAUGGAUAACAGUGGUCACGUAAUAAUAUGUAACAAGUCAUUCAAUUCAUGUAGCCCAACAUUUUGGUGCCAUAUUGGAGCUCAACUGCGCACAACACUUUGUUGUCCAGACAGAGUAGAUGAAUCGAUUGUAUGUCAACUGCCAUUUGCAAAUGGUGAUGGUGGAGCUAAUCUUCAACGGUGGUACUUUAAUAGUAAUAUUCAUCAAUGUGCGCCAUUUACUUAUGGCGGCUUACACGGGAACCAAAACAAUUUCCUCACUCAACAGCAAUGCGAGCAAUACUGUCCUGUAUUUUUAAAUCCAUGCGCUUUGGGUGAAGCACAAAUGGGACAAAACAGACGUCCACAAUCAUGCAUUUCAUAUGACCAAUGUGCUAAUGGUUAUUGGUGUCAUAUUGGUGCAGUCUCGCAAACAACUGUAUGCUGUCCAGGGAGAGCACAAGGAUAUGCAGUUUGUUUGCAAUCAAUGACGGAAGGAACCGGUAAUGCAAACUUGCAACGAUGGUACUAUGAUGUGAAUACUAGGCAAUGCCUACCAUUUACUUAUCACGGUAUGAUGGGUAAUCAGAAUAACUUUGUCAGUAAACAACAGUGUCAACUGGUUUGUUCUGCUUAUGAAAAUGUGUGUCCACAAGGUGUUCCGUUAUUGGAAAUGAGCACUAAUAAACCACGACUUUGCACAUUUGGUGAAAAUAGCUGUGGUUCAAAUUAUUGGUGUCAUCUGGGCUUGGUAUUAAAUGAGCAUCAAUGUUGCCCUGGUGCGGAAACUAAUCCUGCAGCAUGCAAGAUGCCACCUUCAAUUGGUAUUAAAGGAGCACCUGCACCACCUGCAAACCGUUGGUAUUACGAUAUAGCUACAUUAACCUGUAAAAUGUUCAAGUAUAAUGGCAGAAAAGGGAAUCAAAAUAAUUUCAUAACUGAAGCUGAUUGCGCAGCUACUUGCAAAGUUCUCGUGAAUCCAUGUAAUCGGCCAAUAUCACUGCCACCUCAGACUUGUUCCAGUUCAGGAGCAUGUCCCAUUGGUAGCUAUUGCCAUUAUGGUUCAACAUCGAAAACUACGAUCUGUUGUCCUUUUGAAGGAAAUCGUUGCGAUCAGCCAAUGUCUGGCGGUUCUGGUAAUGCAUCAUUGCGGCGAUGGUAUUAUAAUGCGCAGAAAGGCAUAUGUGAAAUGUUCAUAUACAGUGGAUUGCAUGGCAAUGCCAACAAUUUUUUAACCAAAGAGAAUUGUGAAAUCGCCUGCAGAAUAAAUCCCUGUCCUAAUGGCCAACCGUUUGUCACUUUAAAUGGUACUUAUCAAACUUGUGUUGCAUCAUCAUUACAUAUAAACAGUUGUCCCAGCGGUUAUUGGUGUAAUCCUGGUAGCAAUACACUUACAACAGUUUGCUGUCCUGGAGCAGUUAAUGAUCCGUGUAAUUUGCCGAUGAUGAUAGGCGAAGGAAAUGAAAAAUUAGAACGUUACUAUUACGAUGCAAUGACAGGAUUAUGUCGAGCUUUUACAUAUCAAGGUAUGAAGGGAAAUCAGAAUAAUUUCUUAUCACAGAUAGCAUGUCAACUACGAUGUCGUCCACCUGAAAAUCCAUGUAUUGGGCAAAUAGCAACAAACACUGCAGGACAAAUACUUUUUUGUUCAGCAAUCAAUAAAGAGGUGUGUCCGGUAAAUUUCUGGUGUCAUGUUGGUGCAACACCGAAAACAACCGUUUGUUGUCCUGGAGCAACAAAUCCAUGUUCGGUGCCACUUUCACCAGGUUCCGGUAAUGCGAAUCUGUCGCGAUGGUACUAUAGCAGUGAUGAUCGUGAAUGUUUACCCUUCCAAUACAAUGGUAUGCGAGGCAAUCAAAAUAAUUUCGUGUCACAGACAGAAUGCUCAAGAACUUGUCCAGUAUUUGCGAAUUCAUCCAUUGGAAAUUUAGUACGAGACGGGAAAGAAAAACUAAGAAAUGCAACCAGUUAA